CUUCCUGUCGGGCCCGGGAGCGGGCGGCGGCUGCAGCGGUGGCGCCAGCGUCAGUGCCCCUGGAAUGAUAGGCGUGGGGACUGUGCCCUCUCGUGGACCAUGAAGGAGACCGACCGUGAGGCUGUGGCAACAGCCGUGCAGCGGGUGGCUGGCAUGCUUCAGCGCCCGGACCAGCUGGACAAAGUGCAGCAGUACCGCCGAAGAGAGGCUCGGAAGAAGGCCUCCGUGGAGGCCAGGCUGAAGGCUGCGAUCCAGUCACAGCUGGACGGGGUGCGCACGGGCCUGAGCCAGCUCCACAACGCACUGAGCGAUGUCAAGGACAUCCAGCAGGCACUGGCUGAUGUCAGCAAGGACUGGAGGCAGAGCAUCAACACCAUCGAGAGCCUCAAGGACGUGAAGGACGCCGUGGUGCAGCACAGCCAGCUGGCCGCCGCUGUGGAGAACCUCAAGAACAUCUUCUCAGUGCCCGAGAUUGUGAGGGAGACCCAGGACCUGAUUGAGCAGGGGGCGCUCCUGCAGGCACACCGCAAGCUAAUGGACCUGGAGUGCUCGCGGGACGGGCUGAUGUACGAGCAGUACCGCAUGGACAGUGGCAACACACGUGACAUGACCCUCAUCCACGGGUACUUCGGCAGCACGCAGGCGCUCUCCGACGAGCUGGCCAAGCAGCUGUGGAUGGUGCUGCAGAGGUCGCUGGUCACCGUCCGCCGAGAUCCCACCUUGCUGGUGUCUGUGGUCAGGGUCAUCGAGAGGGAAGAAAAAAUUGACAGGCGUAUACUUGACCGAAAAAAGCAAACUGGCUUUGUUCCUCCCGGGAGGCCCAAAAAUUGGAAAGAGAAAAUGUUUGCCAUCUUGGACAGAACCGUGACCACCAGAAUCGAGGGAACGCAGGCAGACACUCGGGAGUCAGACAAGAUGUGGCUGGUCCGCCACCUGGAGAUCAUAAGGAAGUACGUCCUGGACGACCUCAUCGUGGCCAAAAACCUGAUGGUUCAGUGUUUUCCUCCCCAUUACGAGAUCUUCAAGAACCUCCUGGGCAUGUACCACCAGGCCCUGAGCACACGCAUGCAGGAGCUCGCGGCAGAAGACCUCGAAGCCAAUGAGAUCGUGAGCCUCCUGACCUGGGUCCUGAACACCUACGCGAGUGCAGAGAUGAUGGGAAAUGCAGAGCUGGCCCCAGAAGUGGACGUGCACGCCCUGGAGCCUUUACUUUCUCCAGAUGUGGUCUCUGAGCUGCUGGACACGUACAUGUCAACUCUCACUUCAAACAUCAUUGCCUGGCUGCGGAAAGCUCUAGAAACAGACAAGAAAGACUGGAGCAAAGAGACGGAGCCCGAAGCUGACCAGGACGGCUACUACCAGACCACACUCCCUGCCAUUGUCUUCCAGAUGUUUGAACAGAAUCUUCAAGUUGCUGCACAGAUAAGUGAGGAUUUGAAAACCAAGGUACUAGUUCUGUGUCUGCAGCAGAUGAACUCUUUCCUAAGCAGGUACCGAGAAGAGGCACAGCUGUAUAAGGAGGAGCACCUGAGGAACCGGCAGCAGCCGCACUGCUACGUCCAGUACAUGAUCGCGGUCAUCAACAACUGUCAGACGUUCAAAGAAUCCAUCGUGAGUUUAAAAAAGAAGUAUUUAAAGAACGAAAUGGAGGAAGUCGUGGCCCCCAGCCAACCCAACAUGGACGGGAUUUUAGAUGCCAUUGCAAAGGAGGGCUGUGGCAGCCUGCUGGAGGAGGUCUUCCUGGACCUGGAGCAACAUCUGAAUGAGCUGAUGACGAAGAAGUGGCUUCUGGGGUCGAACGCUGUGGACAUCAUCUGUGUCACCGUGGAAGACUAUUUCAACGAUUUUGCCAAAAUCAAAAAGCCAUAUAAAAAGAGGAUGACGGCCGAGGCGCACCGGCGCGUGGUGGUGGAGUACCUGCGGGCCAUCAUGCAGAAGCGGAUCUCCUUCCGCAGCCCCGAGGAGCGCAAAGAGGGCGCUGAGAAGAUGGUGAGGGAGGCAGAGCAGCUGCGUUUCCUGUUCCGGAAGCUGGCUUCUGGGUUUGGUGAGGACGUGGAUGGACAUUGUGACACCAUCGUGGCUGUUGCUGAAGUGAUUAAGCUGACUGACCCGUCCCUGCUUUACUUGGAGGUGUCGACCCUGGUCAGCAAGUACCCCGACAUCAGAGAUGACCACAUUGGCGCUCUCCUGGCCAUGCGGGGGGACGCUAGCCGGGACAUGAAGCAGACCAUCAUCGAGACGCUGGAGCAGGGCCCCACGCAGGCCAACCCCAACUACGUGCCCAUCUUCAAGGAGAUCAUGGUGCCCAGCCUGAACGUGGCAAAGCUCCUCAAGUAGCCACGUGGGUCGCCAGCAUGCCACUCAGCACCUUCUCGCCCACACCCUCAGAAACGCAUUAAAAGCAAAGUCACUCCAGAUCUGUGUUUCUGGUC